CUUUCCAGUGAAUAGGUGUACAGCUUGGAAAGAUGAAGCUCUUUUGCAUUGUUCCCUUCGUGGUGGCGGUAGUGGCCGGUGCGUCCACUGCUACUGACUCCGGUGCGAGUAAAGUAGUUGGCAAGCGCAGUGUUUGGGGACAGUUCUUCCCGAUGCAUCCUCGACUCUCCGCAAGAUCGGAUGGCCACGGUGGAUCUGCGGGGGGUGAGGAGGGCGGCAAGAACGAACACGGACAUGCCACAACGCAAGGACUGGGUCAUUACGAGUCGAACCAGGAAGAUUACCAUAGCUGGAAGCCACUGGAAGCCUUCGGACACUACGGCCAACUUGGGGAUGAGCACAAGUUUGGCGAACAGUUCCACCAUGGAGGUGAGCAUGGAGAAUCGGAUGGCAAGCAUGGCGGCUUUGGCGGUCAGGGAGCAGAACAUCACGGAUUUGGUGAUUCUCACGGUUUUGAGGGACAUCACAGCUUUGGAGGACAUCAAGAGCUAGCAGGACACGAAGGACUCGCAGGACAUGGUGGCUUUGGAGGACAUGAAGGUCACGGAAGUCAUGGUGGCCUUGGAGGACAUGGCGGUUUUGAAGGACACGGAAAUCACGGCGAUCUAGGCGGGCACGCCAGUUUCGGAGGACACGGUGAUCUUGGAGGACAUGGCAACCAUGGUGGUUUGGGAGGUCACGGCGAUCUUGGAGGACAUGGAAGCCACGGUGGUUUGGGAGGACACGGCGAUUUUGGAGGUCACGGAGGACAUGGUGGAUUCGGAGGACAUGGUGAUCUCGGAGGACACGCUGCCCUGGGAGCGCACGAAUCAUUCGGCGAUCAUGGAUCUUUCGGUGGUCAUGAGAAUUUCGGAGAUCAUGGAGAUGCUGAAACUCAUCAAGCUUUCACGCAUGGCGAUGAUCACGGAUUUGGCGGACACGAGGGAUAUUCGUACGGUGGAGAUCAUCACGGUUUCGGCGGGCAUGACGAUCAUUCUUCGCACGGUCAUCACGGACAUCAACACGGUGGCGACAAGGAACAACCCAUCAAGGAACUCCACUUGGAUGCAACCUAUGAACACGAGGACGAUCACAAGGAGCACAAGGAACACAAGGAACCGAAGAUCAAGUACAUUACCGUUACCGAGCGUGUUCCGGUACCGUACAAGGUGACAGUUGAGAAGAAGGUCCUCGUACCGAUCAAGGUACCGUAUACGGUACACUCGGAAAAGGUUUACCCGAUCGUGGUGGAAAAGAAGUUCCCGGUCGUGGUGGAGAAGCACGAGAUCAUCCAUGUUGACAAGCCGUACGAAGUUAAGGUACCGCACAAGGUUGAGGUCCAUAAGAAGGAAAUUGUGAAGGUGGAAAAGCCAGUGCCGGUGAAAAUUGAAAAGCCUGUCCCGUACAAGGUCGAAAAGCCAUACAUCGUGCACAAGCACGUGCCGGUGAAGGUUUGGGUGAAUGUUAAGAAGGAGCACCAUGAUUAGGUGGCC